UCUAGUAUCAACUUAAAACACACAAAAAUCAUAAAAAGCACUCAGAAAACAGACUCUAAUGAUACAGAAUAAGCCAAAAACAAGCACAUCAGGGCCAUGCAAACAGGCACUCAUCACCACAAGCUUUCCAAUAAUUGGAAAACAAGGCGUGGUGGCUUUCAAGGCUUCAGUUGCCCCUAUACAAAGAAUUCAAAUGAUCCAUGUCCAUAAGAGACCAUUCUUCUUGGUAACAUGUCUACAAUUUCAAAACAGAGUUUCGUUAUCAUCAAUAUAGCAAUUACAAACAAUGAUACAAAAUCGUUUGAAGUUCAUAUUCUCACCUGUUCCUUGAAGAUGAAAGCUAGUUUCAGUUUCUGCCUCAGGAAGAGAAACUUGAUCCGUUUCAGAGUGACAAAAUGGCGAGAUUGAUACCCCAUGCAUUCCACAGGUUUUUCUGUCAAGAAAGAAAGUGUGCCUUCUUCACUAAUGACUCAAGUCAACUAUCAAUCUGGACUAUAUUACUUUUUCAUGCUUAUUCUCGUUCAUAUUUGCAUUGGUGUUCACAUCAGCAUCGGAAAAUUAUCAGCAUGCAACGCAAUCCAAAACGUUUAUUAAGAGGCACAAAAGUGAAAUCAAAUCCUGUUCUGGGUCCUCUUACCAGAGAAUUAUUAAGUAUGACAUGUUAGUAGAUUAACAAAAUCGUGUUUAUAGCAUUGUAGUUAAAGAAACGCGUAUUAGAGGCUUAAUUAAGCAUUUACAAAAAAAAAUUUAAUAAAUAUUCAAUCUUGCAUCCUCCCAUCCUUUAUUUAAAUCAAUAUGUAUAUAUAUAUAUAUUCCAUUUUCUGUUAAGUUUUCUUGUAUUUUUUGGGUAAAAUUUUAAGAUCUGUUUUUGUAUUUUUUUGGGGCAAAGGUUAACCUAGCCUCUUUUACCUAUUAAAAAUAGAGUGAGGGAGGAAAAAAGAAAAGCCGUCACAAUCAUGCCUUCCUUGAAACUUGAAAAGAUGACAAUGAUCUCUGAUCUUCCACAGGAUUUGGUAGAGAAUGUACUAUCGAGGGUUCCCCUGAUGACAUCUAUGAGAAAGGUGCGCUCUACAUGCAAACGGUGGAACGCUUUAUCUAGGGAUCCCGACUUUGCAAAACGCUUUGUUAAAGGGUUGUCAACGCUGAUAAUCAUGAGGUCUGAGUUUAGGCUUUGGUUAAUGAGAGUCGAUUUCCAAGGUAGCCUCAACAAUAAGUACGACUUGGACGUUGCUCCAUAUGUUAAAGAAGGUAAGCUUACUAGCCUAAACAAUUCAGAUCCCGAGAUAUCAAAAGUUUUUCACUGCAACGGGUUACUCUUAUGCUCGACCAAAGACAAUCGUAGGCUCGUUGUUUGGAACCCGUACUUGGGACAAACUAGGCGGAUCAAACCCAGGAUAGCUUUCCACAAACGCGACCUCUAUGCUCUCGGUUAUGACGUAAACAAGAACCAAAAAAUAUUGAGGUUUUUGGAUGAUAACACGACAUUUAGAAACCCCUAUUUUAUAUAUGAGAUAUACGAUUUAAAGUCUAGCUCAUGGAGGGUUCUUGAUGUCAAUGCUGACUGGGAGAUAGAUUAUUAUCAUCGUGGAUUGUCUUUGAAGGGAAGUGCUUACUUUUUUGCUAAAGAAAAAAUGGAAUGGGACGGAGAAGAAGAAAUAGAUGUAACAGACCAAGAGACAUUUCUGCUUUGUUUUGAUUUUACAAGAGAGAGAUUUGGACCGCGUCUGCCUCUGCCGUUUCACUCUCAUGCUGAAGAAACUGUGGCCCUCUCUAGUGUUAGAGAAGAGCAGCUUGCAGUGUUAUAUCAGGGGGAUUCAUCGUGUCUAGUAGAGAUAUGGGUUACAAAUAGAAUUGAGCCUAAUGCAGUGUCAUGGAGCAAGUUGUUUUUAUCAGUGGAUAUUGAAACACUCUUUGGUCCCCAUCUGUUUCAUUUUGCCGGUGGGAGUUUCAUCAUUGACGAGGAACAAAAACUCGCAGUGAUUUUUGAUAAAGACGAAGAAGAAAUGUACAAUAAAGCUUACCUAAUUGGGGAGAAUGGAUGCUACAAAACAUUGGAUCUCCAAGAGGAUACAUACCACCGAGCAGAAACUGGAGAAUUCACUAGUAUGCCACUCGUGUGCUCUUAUUUUCCUACAUCGGUGAAGAUCCAGCAACGUGCAAGACGAGGCAAAAGGAAAGAACGAGAUUAUUAGAAUCAUUUGGUUUUAUUGGGUCAUCUCCUUUAAACAAGAUUAAGUUGUUUCUGUUUGAUUAAUAAAACAGUUUUUGCUGAAUAAUAAUUCUUAGUUAGUCUUUUAUUGU